GACUGCGCAAAACAAGAAGACCGAGACGGUGUUUUUGAGUGCUGACAUGUUCGGGAAUUGAGAUAGCCAUCCCCUAAUCCAGAUUCUGAACGUAACCUCACUGGAGAGGCAACCCUGAUGUUAGUCAGUAUAGGGGCAGCCUCAGUGGAGGCUUUCCUUCAUCAUCCAGCUAAAUGAGAAAUGGGAGAAGUGCGAGUCGUCCCGAGUGGGAAGGUCUACAGGCAGAUCUUCGAUGCUGAGGUCCAAUUGGUGAAGACCCUCGAGGAAGCAAGAAAGAAACGCAUCCCCCGCAGCUUCACUCUGAAUGGCAGGAAUGUCCCCUCUACGGAGACCCUCGGAACGGGAGGACGGACAAACCCGUCACAGGCCAACUUCAUCUGGGCGCAGAGCCUGCCGACCGACAGCUCGGUGGAAAUCCAGGAGAUCAAUGGAGAGGAGCCUUUAACAACCCUAAAAGUUGCCCGUAAAAAACAAAAGAAGUUAGCGGAGCAAGAAGUCCAUGGUCUGGAUGACGUCAUUGUUUCAGAGAAGUGCGGCUCAGACAUCAUUGAGAGAUGGCAGGAGAGGAAGCAGCAGACCCACGAGAAGACCGUGGACAGCUUACACGAGGAGCUCACUCUGCUCAGCGGGGAUUUCGAGCCCCUCUUUAUAGAAGCUGGAGAUGCUCUUCUUCACAAUCUUUCGGAAUCAGAGAGGGAGACCGAGGAGCUGAUGCAGAAAAUCGACAAAGACUCCGAUCUGCAUGAUUUCACAUUAGAGGGACUCUGUGAAUUAUGGGAUUGCGUGUCCCAGCAAACACUGAAGCGCCGAGAAUGGAUUGAAGAACUGGAUAAAACCUUCACCCUUUAUGAGUGCGAGAGAGCCCAAAAGGUGGCAGAGGUGCUGAAGCGCUACACCAAGUCCCUGGAAGAAAUUUCCUUUCUGAUGCCAUUUGACAUCCAUCGCCUAAUUCACAAAGAGUCCAUGAUGAUCAAUCAGGCCUUCUUGGCAAAUCGGAGGGCUCUGGGGAAGCUGCACAUGAACCUGUUGGAGUCGAACCUGAAGAUGGAGCAAACGCAGCACCUGAGGUGGAAAGAGCGGCUGCACGACUGGAAGGCGUACAAGAGCCAGAUGGCCGUGGAGGAAUUCAAGAGGUUUCUAAGCAGUCAGCAGUUGCAGACCCCUGAAGGUGUGCAGAGAGACCUGGCCGAGAUGAGAGAAAUCCAGGAAUCUCUGAACAGGAGGCGGCUGAGCCUGCUGCAGUCCCUCAGUGCCAUCGUCCCUCCUCAAUGCACUAACAAGAUGGUUGAAGAGUGGUGCUCCUCACUGUGCCAAGUAAAUGAAAAGAUCGAUCGGGUCAACAUGCGCUAUAUGAAUAGACUCCACUUGUCCUACGAGCAGUUUUGGCAGAGCUGUUUGGAGCGUAUCGAUCAGUACAAGGAGGAGAUGCUGAAGUUCUGUCUGCUGUCGGAAAAGGAAAUCCAGCAGACGGUGGACACUGAGUUCAUGCCUUUGGUUGGGAGCUGUCAGACUGAACAGGAAAAAGAGAUCAACAUCAUGGAUAAGGCCUUUGAGGCAUUGGCAAAGAGCACCAGUGAGAAGACCACCGCCCUGUGUCAGUUUAUAAGAGACGCUGCCGAGCUUUGGGGCAUCCAUACCUCUGGACUGGCAGGAAAGGAGGAAAUCUUGAGGGAGAAGCUGGAGAAGAUCCGACAGGCCCACGAGCAGGAACACCAGAUGAUGGAGGCCAAACUGGACAUUCUGUUGGAUAAGCUGAGACAGGAGAACACGGAGGAGAUGUUAAAAAGCACGUUGGACAAGGCACAAAACUCCCUGAAAGAAAUUGGAACGAUCUAUGAUCACUUCUGUGAAGGCCAAGUGGCGGCUGUGAGUUUGUACCCAGACAUGGUGCUUCAAGAGCUCCAGGCUUAUGCUGCUGCAGUCAAGGACUUCUUCAAUGUGAGGGACGAGUCACCGGCUAGAAAUGAGGAUGCAGCCCCAGGAUCAGAAGGUGAAGAUGGGAAAAAUGUCACAAGUGUGGAGCAAGAGGAACAUCCGGAGCUCACAAAGGACGACGGCUCAACGGUGACCAGUGAAUCCUCGGGAGUCCCCAGGGCACAGUCGGAGGACCCUAACUUGAAAGAUGUACCCGCUGAGAUUUUCACCACAUCGGAUGGAAGGCGCUAUGCCGUCCUGAAGCCAGCUCCACCUGUGAUUGUGUGCCAAGACCCCGAGUGCCCGUCUCUUUACACCGAGCUGGUGCUGCUCACUGAGAGCACGCUGAUGGACACCAUCAAACGCAUUAGAGGAGAGUUUUUUGAACAUCUUGACCAGUGGCACACGACGACCCAUUUGAACUCCAAGAUCUUCACUGAUGCAAAAGCGGAUGAAUUCCGGAAUGAACUAAAAGUGCGCUUACACCUGCAUGAGCCGAGGGCGACAAGGAUUGAGCUGGACAUUCACAAUGUUCGUGCCGCGGAGCUUCUGAUCCACAAAGAUCGAGUUCACCGACACUGUAAAGGCGUCACCGAGGCUUUAAACAACAUCAAAAACGAGUUUACUGAACUGUGCGAAGAAGAAAAGACUUUAACCAGUGAAUUCCGGAAGCAUAUAUUCAGCAUGGAGGCGAUCUGCGUGAACGCUACCAAGUCAGAAAAGGUGGAAGCGCUCUUCGCCUCUCUGAGCUCCGAGCUGGACUCACACAUGGGCACUAUCCAGGCUUGUCUCCGGCAAUUCAGGCAGAAGCUGGAAACCACCAUGGGGAACCUCCGAGACACGAACGCUGCAUUUAUUAAAUGUUUUAGAUUGUUCUCUGAAGGCGGCACCUUCUCCCCUGAAGAGAUCGAAACUUUCAAGAAGUCCUUGGAGAAAACAUCGAACCACGUUGAUGCCACCGAUGAGUCGAUAAUGCUGGAUCUGGAAGGCAUGGAAGCGAGGUGCCUGGAGCAGGCAAUGGAGAUCAUCACGAAAUUUGAAGACAAGUUUCAGUACCACGCCGUUGACCUGAGCUUUAUGGAAAAAAUUCAGCGACUGCUAACGAACACUCAAGUCAAGUUAAAAAAGGAGGUGGCCAGCUGCAACCUUCAGAUGGAGAGCAUAUCCAACAGCUUCACGGAUUUUGAGAAAAUGAUCCGGCCAUUCUCUAAGCCUGGACGCUACACACCGAGAGUCACCCCUGAUGAGCUCUAUACGUUCACGCUGACUAUCAUGGAGAAGGUCAACGAGUGCUGUCGAUUUCUUGGCUGUUUGCUGGACUUAGACUCUGCCACUAGUGUCCCAGAAAGUCCCCUCCAGGGGUCGUUUGCUAUUGCUGCCCGCUAUCAGAGCUUCAAGCAGGAGGCCAUGGUGACAUUCCAGAAUGACGGCUUGUUGCAGCCCAGCAGGAUGGGCAAGCCUGCUGUCGAGGAUGUGGCCCUCCGUGUCAUCCAGAAUAUUCUCCAGACUCAGAAAACGAGAGUCAUUGUGGAACUUCCGGAAGAUUCUGCAGAAAAAGCACAAGGUGGGACAGCAUCAGCACCAGCUAACCAAACGACUGCACAGUCAACCAGCAGGCCAGGCAGUGUGGUUUACUUCAACCAGACAAAAUCGUCAUCCUCUUCGUCGGAUCCUAAAAAUGCCGGGGUUGGCAGGACUUCCUCCACUAGCAUUAAGAGGUUCAGAAAGCCGACUCGAUUCGAUAAAAGGUUCCAGGUGUUUGGACCGAAAGUAGAGGAGGAGCCCACCAACUUCAAAGAAGUUAUCACCGCCAUCCUCUGGGAGAGUAACGACGUGCUGCUCGCCCUGGCCGAGGAGUUUUACAAGAAGAAGGACAAGCGGCCAAUCACAAGGCCAGAGUUCCUGCCGGAGAGCUUUGAGAACUGCGGCGAGAUGUUGAACCAGAAGCUCCUCGUGUACCAGAAGCAGGUGGACGACUAUUACAACUGCUGCGUCUUGGAUUUCAGACAGCAGGUCACCGAGUUUGAACAGCAGCUGCCUUUGGUUCCCCGACUCAUGAUAGAAAACCUAGGAAGCAAAUACUUAAAGGACAUGGAGGCCAUCGUGUCACAAGCCAAGCAGGCCUUUGUGGGCCCACAGCGAGAGCUCGAUGCCAAACAGGCCGAGUACUGGAACCUUCUGCGGCCCCGCGUGGGCCACCCGGCCAGCGCGAGUCAACUGGACAGCCUGUGUGACCUGGAGAAGCAGAGGCAGCGAGAACAGCUGAGGCUCAUCGACAUGUCCGAAGGGGAAGUCCGGGUCUGUGUACUGAAGCAGGCUGAGGAGUUUGCGCACGCCUUGGCCACCCUCACCGAGUGUAUACUGCUGAAGCUGGACGAGUUCUUGACGGUGGACGAAAUUCAACCUGGAACGGUCGAAAGUGCAAGUCAGAGAACCUGCACCCUCAUUCGCCGUAAGCAAUCUGGCUUCCCUCUUGAGAUGAAGGAGCAGGACGUACCACUGAUUCAGAGAGGAAGCAGGACAUGGCCAGGAUUAACAUACUUUGAACCAAAGAAUAGUGCAGAUGAGGAGACAAUCGUCAAAAAAACUGCAUCCAUUAAAACCGCAAAGACCACCCUGGGGCACACGUCAGUGGUGGAAACAAGGGACCGGGUCUACAAGGAACUCUGGACGACGUAUGAGGCGGCACUUGAGAGCAACAAGGCCGAGCGGGCAGAGCGGUGGACAAACACCAUGCACUGGGAAGCAGGCUGGAAGGACGGUGCCUGGAGAAUUGGACAGCUCUACUCCUAAGGCGGCCACAGCACUGAACUUCUCUCUGAUUCUCGACUUCUCAUCACGAGAGUCUUGUUCCAGUUUGAAAUUAGCCGUUGUCACUCAUCGAAUAUGGCCGCUCGUUUGUCACUUGAUGGAGGAGUGAUGGAAUGAUGAAGUUGGUGGGAGUCUAUUAUUAAUGAUUAAAAUGCUAUAUUCUA